AUGUACUAUGUAACCUUUGGCGAAAUUCUUGGACAUGAUAUGUAUGGAGAGCAAGUUUGGAAGGACUAUGUACCAGAGUGGUGUACGGUGAAAGGCCGAUCGUUUUUGUCCAAACACCUCUCGAGUUUGGAUGAAUGUAGAAAGCUUUGCAUUAUGAUGAAUCCUAAAUGUAAUGCUGUGGAAUGGUGGCAACAAUUUGGAGGAAUCUGCUAUGAAUGUACAAAGCCUUACUUGAAAUGUCCAUACCAUAAUCUAGGAAGCCUGGUUUAUCCUCCUCACGUCUUCAUUAAGGAAAACAAAUCUGAUAUUUAUGAUUGUGCUAAGUUUCCUUGUAAGAAUGGUGGUACUUGUAAAAAUACUCCUUGGAGUUACCAGUGCACGUGUAAACUUGGUUAUACAGGCAAGAACUGCGAGACAGAUAUCGAUGAAUGUGUUGGAUCUCCCUGCAAAAACGGUGCUACUUGUCAGAAUAUUCCCGGAAGUCACAAAUGUAACUGUAAACCCGGAUUUACAGGCAGAGACUGCGGAAAAGAUAUAGACGAGUGUGAUAAGUCUCCGUGUCAAAACGAUGCCUUGUGUCAAAAUCUUCUUGGAAGUUACCGAUGCAAGUGUAAAUCCGGAUACACUGGACGAAACUGUGAAAUAGAUAUCAAUGAAUGUGCUAAGUCCCCUUGUAAGAACGGUGCUACUUGUCAAAAUCUCCCUGGAUGUUACCGAUGCACGUGUAAAUCUGGAUAUACAGACAGGAACUGUCAGACAGAUAUAGACGAGUGUGCUGAAUCUCUGUGUCAAAACAAUGCCUUGUGUCAAAACCUUCCUGGAAGUUACCGAUGCAAGUGUAAAUCCGGGUAUACUGGACGAAACUGUGAAAAAGAUAUUAACGAGUGUGCUGUAUCUCCUUGUAAAAACGGCGCUACAUGUCGAAAUUUGCCCGGGAGUUACCUGUGCAUUUGUAAAGCAGGUUUUACAGGAAGGAACUGCAACACAGAUAUCAAUGAGUGUGCUAAAUCCCCUUGUAAGAACGGUGCUACUUGUCAAAAUCUCCCUGGAUGUUACCAAUGCGCGUGUAAGUCUGGAUAUACUGGACGAAACUGUGAAACUGAUAUUGAUGAAUGUGUUGGAUCUCCAUGCAAAAAUGGUGCUACUUGUCAAAAUAUUCCCGGAAGUCACAAAUGUAACUGUAAACCCGGAUUUACAGGCAGAGACUGCGAAAAAG